CACGCGAGACGACGCCAUAUUGAGUGAGUGUUGACUGAUGCCGUGCAGGUGUUUACGCGGUAGUUGAUAAAAUUUUUAGUGGAGAGAAGAAGAAGAAGUAGAAGAAGAAGAAGAAGAAGAAGAAGAAGAAGAAGAAGAAGAAAAAAAAAGAAGAAGAAGAAGAAGAGAGAAAAAGAAAAAAAGAACGUAUCAGUUGUUUCUCUACUCGGUUAUUAAUACCACGUAAAUAUUCUAUUGUGUUAUUGUUCUAUUAGAUUUAUUGAAAUAAUGAGCGGUAGUGACGGAAAGGAAGAUCAAUGUGAAAGAGCAAAGGAAGGAAAUGUCGUUUUGAUGGGUGAAACAUUAGGAAAAAAUUGUACGCACAAUGAUCCCCAAUGUUGUUUUAAUGUUGAUUUUAUGCGAUUGGGGAAUGAUAUAAGUGGUGACAUAGAUGAGGAAAACGUUAUAUCUACGAAUAUUACGGACUAUGUUCCUCUGACGAGUAUGACCAUAAAUGAAAGCGAAAUUGAUACCUCAGACAGUGACACAGUUUAUUCUGAAAAUAUGAAAUGUACUGUUGUAUCUAAUAGUACGGAGGUAUCAUCUCAUAAUCUUUCUACAAAAUCAAUAUCGAUUCAUAGUCCAUCAAGACGAAAUAAAGAGUCAUGUUCGUGCGACGUUUAUAAAGCUAACAGAGAUAUAUUCCGCGAGGAGUUACAAGCUGCCAUGAAAUUUCAAAAUCUUUGGUCUAAUUUGAGACAACAAAUAUGCGCAGUUUUUAAAACAGCUUUGGAAGUUUCUCGGACGUCCGAUAAUUUACAAUCCCAACAAGAAAUCUUUCCUUUGAUUGAUAUGCAUGAUACAGUGACUCAAUUAUGCAAAAGGGAUCCUUAUCAAUUAUUUAUGAGAUUAGUGGGUCAGGCCCAAGAAUUUGUUGUAGAAGUUAAAGUUCGCCUAUUGGCACUUUUAGAUGAUCGUAGUGUGAAUAAUUUAGCUGAAAUCUUUCUUGCCGGACUUUUGGAUGACUAUGAUGCAUUAAUAUCAACUGCUUUUAAAAUUUCUAUAAUAGUAAAACCAUUAAAAAAACAUCUAUGUAAAUUUAAUUUAACGUGGGAUUGUUUUAUUAAGAAAUUAUAUCAAAUUUAUGUCUAUAACAAUCCAUUGGUACAAAAUAAUUUACCUCCUUUUCUUGUACAGUUAAGGAAAGUUUUACUAUUGAAAGGUUUGGAAUAUCAGGAACUAAUUCGUAGAUAUCUGUCAUUUGAUGAUGAAAUGAUAACAAUUCGUAGCCUGUGGCCAGAGAUAGAGCCAUGGAUGGUUAAAUAUAAUGCAGAACAAGCAGUACAAAUGACACAACUCAGGCACAUUAGAGAAGGCUGGGAAUUAUUUACAACUAUACGAAAGAUCAUGGAAAUAAGGAAGCUGAUGAAAUUGUCGGAUGGCGGAAGUGAAUUACAAGAAAUCGAUGGGCAAUUAACUGCUCUCAUCGAACAAGCGAAACAUGGUGCAUCUAGUAUGGACGACAGAUCGACAAGUCCUACUCCAGAUUUUAGCUUAGAUUCACUUAAUAUAUCUCAAUGUCUUGAAGUAGUUCAAAUUUUAUUGGAUGACUGGAAUAAAGCACGUCAUCAAAAAUUAGUUGAUAUUGCAAGGGAACUUACUGUAAGACAUAUGGUAGCCAAUGAAAAUGAUCCUGAUUCUUUAGCUUAUGCUCAUGCAUCAAAUCAUUUAGAACAAUUUGCGAUUAAAAGGGUCAGGAGUCAUGGUAAAGAUAUGUCUAUAGAAGAUAAUAUUGUGGAAGAAGAAAAUGAUUGUGGAUGUCAAGAAUGUACAAAACCUUCAACAUCUCCAAUGAGUGGAAAUGGUCGCAUUGGAAAUAUUGAAUUACCAACGGAUAAUGUUAAUUUCUUUCCUAUAAUCGCUAAUGGAUUAAUGAAACACAUUAUUAACUUUACCGCUACUAAUAGCAGUAAUACUGAAAUUCAAUUAAAAAAAUUAUUCGAAGAAAUGAAAGAUACAAUUGGUAUUAAAGAAGAAAAAGAUAUUAUUUUAAAGAAUGUAGAUGAUAAUAUUGAUACACAGCCGUCUAUUCCGCAACCUUGUCAAUGUGUGUAUCUACAUGCAAAAGAAAUAACUGAAAGGAAGAAAGGAACUAUAGAAGAUCCUCCUUGUCCUUGUCUUUUAAAUUCAAAAAGAAAAUGGGACAUUUGUCCGUGUUUAACAAAAAUUUUAGAAGAGCCAAUGAUUACUAAUAUUGAUCCUAAAGAGAUAUCAUCAUCGAAUUCAGUUACAAUUAAUUGUAAUCAAGAAUUAAAUAAACCAACCGUUAAAACGGGAUCAACACAAUCUAUACAAACGCAAACAAGGCAUUCCACAACUCAGACACCUAAUUCAAAUCACAAUCGUAUUACAUUUCCAAGUACAACCACCACCACUCAUCCAUAUACUCAUAGAUCUGUUUCGGAUGUGACAAAAAGUACAGUGCCUUCGCACAAACUUCAUACCCACAAUAAUCAUAAUUCACACGCUUGUCAUAAACAAACAAAUGUUGAACACAUCAAGAGGGUAUCGUGUAAUGAUCUAAGUUCCGGAGACGGAGAUUGUUCGGAUUCUGCAAGUAGUCAAGAGGAUUCUUGUUCAACUAGUAGUUCAGCGCAAAGAGAUUCUAGUAGACACUGCGAUUGCUGUUAUUGUGAAGUUUUUGGUCAUGGGGUUCCAUCCGUAGCACCAGUUAGUAGAAAUUAUAACGAAAUGAGAGAACGUUUAAGACAAAUAUUGACGAAGAAAAAAGCAAAAAAAUGUAAAGCCACUUAUAGUACGCCAAAAAGUUUGGUAGACGUGGCAUUGCCACUUUCCAACGUCAAUCAAGAAUCAAAACCAAUUAUGAAUAAUUUGGCGUUAAGAUCUAAUACACCUGUUCCGACAACAUUGUCGGAUGAUCCAAGGGAUCAAAGAAAUUUAGAAGAAUUGUUGGACUUCAUUGAGGGUAAUCAGAAUGGGAAAAAGGAUAAUAAUAAGAAGGCUGAGAAAAAGGCAAGACAGAAGCAACGUAAGUUGCAAGAGAAAAUGAAAAAGGACAGACAGGAGGCGGAGAAGCAGAAAUUAAUUGAAUUACAAAAAAAGACGCCGGAAGUUACGAUCACCGUUGUCGAUUCUCAGAAACCAGUCAAUCAAAGAUUUUUACCACAGUGUAAUCUUCCUGAGGUCUCGAUAUUACCUACUUCCAAUCCAAAUGCAUUAUCAAAUGGAAAGCAUAUAAGUAAUAAGAAAAAGGACAAACAGGAAAUGUCAAAUAUUAAUGGAAAUAAUUCUUGUAGUAAUAAAGUAAAAAUUUCAUCUUCGGUAACUCCUGCAAAUUUGAAAAUGAAAAGUAUAUCGAAUCCUGAUAAAUUAGAACAAAUUUCUAAUUCUACUCAAGCAACGAGUAAAAUCGAUAUGAAAAAUGACAAACUUGAUUUUAGUAAUAAAGCUUUUAAAGGAACGACAAAUUUAAAUACGUUGAAUACAAAGGACAAUGCCAGUCAUAUCGCAGAGAAAUUGGCAGCAAUGGAUUUGACGGAUAAACAAUUGACUAAAAAAGAAAGAAAAAAAUUAAGAAGAGAAAUGAGAAAACAAGAGGAGGCCAAGAUGAAUGCCGCCACUUUAGAGCCGGCCAUUCAACAUACAGAAAAUCAACCACAAAUUGUUACGAUUAAAAGAAUAAUGGAAUCUAAUAGUACAGAACCAACUGUUACAAUAACAUUAAAAGGACAAACUCCUGCUGAGGAUAAAGUUUUAUUUACUUUGGUAAAUGGACAAACCAAGGAAGUACCUUUACAUAAAUCCGAACAAGAACAAAAUUUAUGUAAUAACAACAACAACAAUAAUAAUAAUAAUAAUAAUAAUAAUAAUAAUAAUAAUAAUAAUAAUAGUAGUAAUAAUAAUAAUAAUAAUAAUAAUAAUAACAAUAAUAAUAAUAACAAUAAUAAUAAUAAUAAAAAGAAGAAAACGAACAAAGCAUCUACCAAUAACGAAACUAUACAAAGUAAUAAAUUACAACAAGCCAGUAGUACAAAACAACAGCAACAAGUUAAAAUGUGCGAUACGAAACAUACAACAAAGUAUCAAAUCAGUAACAAUGAAAAGUCUAAAGGUAUUAAACAAACCGAAGAACGUAAAAUGCAACAGCAAGGUGUUACAGAUGUUAAAACAACAAAGUCUAAGAAGGAUAAAAGAAAUUCUGAAACCAAAGAAAAUGUCUCCCAACAACAACAACAGCAACAACAACAACAACAACAACAACAAAAUCUAACGAGUAAGAGUAAAAAUUUACAACAGAAUACUCAAUAUAAAAAAACAAAUAGAUCUGUUAAUAUUACGCAAACUACGGAUAUACAUAAGUGUAACGUUACACUUGAACCAGUUAUAAAAUCAAAGAAUCAAAAUGAGAAAGUUAAUGACAAUGUUAUAAAUAAUAAACAUAAGAAACUUGUAAAUAUAACUAAUACGAAUAAAUCGAUGAAGAAUGAAUCACAAAAGUUACAAAUAAAGGGAAAUAAUAAUACGAUUAAACAAGGAACGUUCUCAGCAAUACCGUCUACGUCGGAUGACAUAAUAAAUUCAUCGUUGAGCUCUCAAUUUAGGGAUAUCAGUUUAAAUACAAAAAUUAAUAUAGAAAAUCUUAAAUUACCACCUGGCAUAACGAUAACGAAGGUUGACGUACCAGUUAAACCACUUCCUAUUAAAUCAGCACCAAUGCCUAAGCCGGUUAAUCCACCAAAGCAAACAACGAUAAUAGCAGCUCCUAUGAGCGGAGUACAAUCUAGUUAUGCUAGUCCACAAGCUGGUGGGAAUGUUAUAGUAGUAGAUACCGGAAAACUUAAGCAAGAUUUAUUACCAAAGCCAAAUGAAAUAGAAUUGUCGAGGGACAUUCGUCCGAGUCAGGCCAUAACGGGUAAGAAAAAGAAGAAGAAAAAUAAGAGUUCAAACGGCGGUACGAACAAUUUGUUACAAAGUGCAAUUAAGAAUGCCGAGUGUUCGAUUAACGAUAAUAACAUUGGGGAAGAAUCCGCAAGAAUAUUACACAAUCCAAAUACAAAUAUGGUUACUAUAAGGAAUCCUGCGUUUGGUCCAAUGAAGGUACCGCCUACCCAACAAGCAGCUAUAAUAAAGGUUUCGGAGAAUGGUAUGGUCACAAUAAGAAGUCCGGCACUUCAACAGGCGAUCAAUGCCGGCUUGGCGGCACCCUCGAAACCAGAUUAUAUUGUUAAAGGUGAUCUUUCUUCGAAUACAGCACAGUUGGAUACAAUAAAUAUAAAUGUUAAGCGUACAAACGAUAUGAUACCCAGUAGUUUAGCUGAGCUACGGUCACGAUUGACACCCGAUUGCACCGGUGGUUUGGCCGGGCUCGCUAACAUACAAAUUAGCAAAGUGGCGAAGGGUCAGCCUAUACCCGAGAAUGGCAUCAACCUUAAAGGUACUAGCGUAACUCUGACUAAAGUUAGAACAGAUACGAAUAUGGAUGACGUUCAUCAUACGAAAGCUGCAGUGAGAGAGGCUAUUAACGCUUCUAUAACGGCUACUACUACUACCGGCAAGGGCAAGAAAAAGAAAAAGCGUGGAAACUGUACGAGGCAGUGCGGAGAUGACUGGAACCUCGUUGAGAGCGUAUUCACACCUAAAGAUAUAGACCUUGAGGAUGGUGAAAUGGAUGAUGCCGAACGUGAAUUAGAAGCAUUCAAGAGGUUCUGUCUUCAAUCGGUGCCACCGCCACGAAAGGAAAAGGUCAAUCUCAACAUCAAGGACAUCGUCCUUAAGAAGAAAUCAUCCUCCUCGUCCUCCUCAUCUGCGACCGCCGCGGUUAUCGCUGCUAAUUGAAUUCGUUCGUUAAUAGUAUGUGUGUUUGAUUGUGCGUGUGUCUUGCGUGCGUGGUUUUUUUUCUUUUUUUAAAUAUUUUUUUUUUUUUUUUUUUUUUUUUUUUUUCUUAUAUUUUAUUUUUCCUCUCUCUCUGAAUAAGAUAAACGAAAACAAACAGAAAAAAAAGAAAAGAGAAAGAAAGAAAAAACGAUUUAUUAUGUAGGAACGUGUGAAAAAAAAGAAAAAAAAAAAAAAGAAAAUACUGCCACGAAUACUUUUAGACAAAUGUUUUUUGAGCAUGUAUGCGUUAAAACGUUGUUCCUUUGAGAUAUUAUUCGUUGCGACGUUUAAGAGAAGAAGAAAAGAAAAAAAAAAGGAAAAAAAAAAAAGAAAAAAAGAAGAGAAAAAGAAAAAGAAAAAGAGA